AUGUGUCAGCAAGAUACUGGGAGGUACUAUGAGACAGGAAGUAUCCGUCCCGGGGUGAUUGGAGGAUCCAAACCAAAGGUUGCUACACCCAAAGUGGUGGAUAAGAUCGCCGACUACAAACGCCAAAACCCCACCAUGUUCGCCUGGGAGAUACGAGACAGACUACUGGCUGAGAGAGUGUGUGACAACGAUAGUGUUCCCAGUGUCAGCUCUAUCAACAGGAUCAUCAGGACCAAAGUCCAGCAGCCUCCGGGUCAGUCAGGACCUCUCUCUGCUCAUAACCUGGCGUCGUCGGUGGCGUCGACACAGGUUUCUGCGGUGACCAGUGACUCGGCUGGCUCCUCCUACUCCAUCAGCGGCAUUCUGGGUAUCAGCUCAGCUAACGACGGCAAGCGGAAGAGAGACGAUGCCCUCCAGGAGUCUCCUCUAGCCAAUGGCCAUGGUCCAGGAGGGCGGGAUUUCCUGAGGAAGCAGAUGAGAGGGGACCUGUUCUCGCCGCAGCAGAUUGAGGUAUUGUCACCGGGCAGAAGUCUUAUUUUACAAGGCCAUAGUAGUACUGUUGCCCCUGGAGCAAAUUACGGUUAAUUGCCUUGCUCAAGGGCACAUCGGCAAAUUGUUCACCGUGCUGUCUAGAUGUGGUUGUGGGUUGUAGAAACCUAGCCUGUGAUUUCAGUAGUAUGAUAGAGAUGUGGUUGUGGGUUGUAGAGAUAACCUACUCUGUGUUUCAGUAGUAUGAUAGAGAUGUGGUUGUGGGUUGUAGAGAUAACCUACUCUGUGUUUCAGUAGUAUGAUAGAGAUGUGGUUGUGGGUUGUAGAGAUAACCUACUCUGUGUUUCAGUAGUAUGAUAGAGAUGUGGUUGUGGGUUGUAGAGAUAACCUACUCUGUGUUUCAGUAUGAUAGAGAUGUGGUUGUGGAUUGUAGAGAUAA